AUGGCUAAUCACGUCCUUGAGGAGACGCAAGUCGUUGUCGGUUCAGAGGCCCCUCCUGCUUUUGCUGAAAAGGGACCUAUGUUCCACGCCGAUCCUUACAACCAACAUGGCGCUGAAAUAGAUGAUGCCACACCUGCGACCGAAGAGGAAUUGAGCACUCUCCGCCGAGUUGCUGGAUCCAUCCCAAUAACCGCAUACCUGCUCUGCCUCGUCGAGUUUGCUGAGCGAGGUUCCUUCUACGGCGUCAAGCAAGUUUUCAGCAACUUCGUCAAUCGACCUCUGCCCGCUGGAGGCAACGGUGGUGGAGCCCCUCCCAGAGGAACCCAACAGACUGCCGGUGCUUUAGGAAAAGGCACUGUCGUCGCUGCCGCUGUUGUGUCUUCGUUCUCCUUCCUCGUCUAUGCACUGCCCAUGUUUGGCGGGUGGCUCGCUGAUGCCAAGUGGGGACGCUUCAGAACUAUCUGUGUCGGUAUUGCCAUCUGCGGUAUCGGUCACGUUGUUAUGGUUAUUGCUGCUAUCCCUUCGGUACUCCGGGCUGGUAACGCAUACGCCCCUUUCAUGAUCUCGGUAUACAUCUUGGCUAUAGGUUCUGCGCUCUUCAAACCCUGUAUUUCCGUCGUUCUUCUUGAUCAAAAUCCACACAAGAAGCCAGUCACCACGACGCUUAAAACUGGCGAGAAGGUCGUUAUCGAUCCCGGAGCGACGACCGAAAGAAUUAUGCUUUGGUUCUACCUCCUCAUUAAUAUCGGUGCAUUUUUGGGGGUAGCUACUGCCUACCUUGCCAAGCUGGUCGCAUUCUGGCCUGCCUUCCUAGUUCCUGGUAUCAUCUACUUCCUAUUGCCCCCUCUUCUGUGGUAUCUACACCCUCGAUUGAUCCUUCACAAACCGGGCGGAAGUGAUUUGGGCAAUAUCUUCAAGAUCCUCGGUAUCUGUCUAAGACGAGGCGGCCUAAAGUCAAUUGGUCGAAAGGGUUUCUUUAACCACGCCAAGCCUUCUGUAAUUGCAGAGAGCAGCCACCCAAUCUCCGUUCCCUGCGAUGCCCUCUCAGUCAUGCUGACAACAAACGGUGUACCGAACGACGUUAUUUCGAACUUCAAUCCUCUUGUCAUUCUUCUGGGUGUACCACUCUUCAACUAUGGCCUGUAUCCUCUGCUUCGAAAGUACCGCAUUAACUUCGGACCCAUUAUGAGAAUGUUCCUUGGGAUGUUGAUUUGCUCGAUUGGUUCAAUUGGCUGGGCUAUCAUCACUCACUAUGCUUACACUACUGGACCUUGCGGUGACCACGCCUCUAGUCUCACCUGUGUUGAUGCUGAUGGUGUCUCCCUUGUUUCACCCAUCUCCAUCUGGUGGACUGCUCUUCCCCUCUCCAUCACCGCGCUUUGCGAGAUUCUCGUCAACGUUACUGCUUAUGGAAUUGCCUACUCCCGUGCCCCUAAGAACAUGAGAGGUCUUAUCUCGGCCGUCAACUGCUUCAUGUCCGCUAUCCAGUACGCCAUCAACUUGGCCACUGCACCUGCAAUCAAAGAUCCCCACAUCGUCUGGGCCUUUGCUGGACCUUCCAUCGUUGGUUUCGUCUCCGCCUGGGUGUUCUUAUACAUCUACAAGGACUUGGACCACGAAGAGUAUGUCCUCAAUGAUGAUUUGUAUAACAACGAGACCGACGCGUCGACUCGUCAAUUGAACAGGAACUCGGAUGUGGAGCGUGAGAGCAAGGCUGUGGAGGCUGGUGUAGAUGAGAAGAACUUGAGA